GAACUGCAAGGCAGGGGCCCUGGCCGGAGGUUUCCACCUGAGCAUGGCAGAGGAGGAUAAGCAGGAAGACCCGCAGGUGAUGGAACGAUGUUGGCAAGACCUACUAAACCAUGUCCUUUGUGGUGGAGAAGAAGGUGCUGUUGUCGCCCCAGAUCAGAAUGCCCUAAGAUCCUUCAACCUCCUUUCCACAACCAGAUCAAAGAUGGAACAGCAAAACUCAGUUGCCCCUGAAAUACGAAGAGGCCCUGAUGUCAUCAAGACUGAGACCCAUGGGGAAGAAUUCUCAGAAGGAAACAUGUGGAUGAUCUUGGGGGAGAACCCCCUCAGCUCAGAUGUGCAGCACCAGAACUUCCAGCAGUUCUGCUACCAGGAGGCUGAGGGGCCCCGAGAGGCUUGCAGCCGACUCCACCUUUUUUGCCGUGAGUGGCUGAAGCCAGAGCGACACUCAAAGAACCAGAUCCUGGACCUGGUGAUCCUGGAGCAGUUCCUAGCUGUCCUGCCCCCAGAGAUGGAGAGCUGGGUGAUGGAAUGUGGGGCCGAGACCAGUUCCCAGGCAGUGGCCGUGUGUGAAGGUCUCCUCCUGAGCUGGGCAGAGGACGAGAAGCAGGAAGAGCAGCAGGAAAAGGGUCUCUGUGCAGAAAACACAACUGAUUUCCCUGAGACAGAGAUGACUCCAUUGGAUACCAGGCAGAGGCCGCUCGGUGAUGGAAUGAUGUUGGCAAGACCUGCUAAACCAUCUCCUCUUUGUGGCAGAGGAGAAGCUGCUGCUGUCUCACCAAAUCAGAGUCCCGUGUCCUUGGAGGAUGUGGCUGUGUGUUUCACGGAAGAGGAGUGGGUUCUGCUGGAUCCUGACCAGAGAUCUUUGCAUAAGGAAGUCAUGGAGGAGAUUUGUGGGACUCUGUCCUGUCUUUACGGUGACGAGUCAGAAGCCAAGAACAAGAGAGAAGUAUGUGGGAAAGUGGUGUGGUUAAGAGACAGACCUGAAAAGAGCAAAGAGCAGAGAAUGAAAACUGAAGCAGAAGAGAAGAGGAGGACUAAAUCUUCUGCUUUUCAAACCAGUGACUACCAUAUAACUGCAGUGCCAGAAAAGAAAGAUGAAAGAAACAAAAGAAGUCAAUAUUUUGCUUACUGGAAAAUUCUCAAUUCUAAAAGAAAAUGCAAAGCUGACUGCAAAAACCACAAAGCAGAGAAAGUAUAUAAAUGCUUGGAAUGUGGAAAGAGCCUCAGCAGGAAAAACAAUCUCACUGCCCAUGAAAGAAUUCACACUGGGGAAAAACCAUAUAAAUGCCUGGAGUGUGAAAAGAGCUUUAGCAGGAAAGACAAACUCACUGCCCAUCAAAGAAUUCACACUGGGAAGAAACCAUAUAAGUGCUUAGAAUGUGCAAAGAGCUUCAGCUGGAAGGAAUCUCUCACUUCCCAUCAAAGAAUUCACACUGGGGAGACACCAUAUCAAUGCCUGGAGAGUGGAAAGAGCUUCAAUAGAAAUUCCUCUCUCACUUUGCAUCAAACAAUUCACACUGGGGGGGAAAAACCAUUUAAAUGCCGGGAAUGUGGAAAGAGUUUCCGCAGGAAAAACUAUCUCACUGUCCAUCAAAGAAUGCACACUGGGGAAAAACCAUAUAGAUGCCUGGAGUGUGGAAAGAGCUUUAGCAGGAAAGACAAACUCACUGCCCAUCAAAGAAUUCACACUGGGAAGAAACCAUAUAAGUGCUUAGAAUGUGCAAAGAGCUUCAGCUGGAAGGAACCUCUCACUGCCCAUCAAAGAAUUCACACUGGGGAAAAACCAUAUAAAUGCUUGGAGUGUGGAAAGAGCUUCAGUAAAAAUUCCUCUCUCACUUUGCAUCAAACAAUUCACACUGGGGGGGAGAAACCAUAUAAAUGCCUAGAAUGUGGAAAGAGCUUCAGUAAAAAUUCCUCUCUCACUUUGCAUCAAACAAUUCACACUGGGGAAAAACCUUAUAAAUGCCUGGAAUGUGGAAAGAGCUUCAGCAGGAAGAACAAACUCACUUCCCAUCAAAGAAUUCACACUGGGGAGAAACCAUAUGAAUGCUUAGAAUGUGGAAAGAGCUUCAGUGAAAAUUCCUGUCUCACUUACCACAGAAGAAUUCACACUGGGGAGAAACCAUAUAAAUGCUUAGAAUGUGGAAAGAGCUUCAGUGAAAAUUCUUGUCUCACUUACCACAGAAGAAUUCACACUGGGGAGAAACCAUAUAUAUGCCUGGAAUGUGGGAAGAGCUUCAGCAGGAAAGACAAACUCACUGACCAUCAAACAAUUCACACUGGGGAGAAACCAUAUGAAUGCCUGGAAUGUGGAAAGAGCUUCAGCAGGAAAGGCAGACUCACUUCCCAUCAAAGAAUUCACACCGGGACAAAACCAUAUAAGUGCUUAGAAUGUGCAAAGAGCUUCAGCUGGAAGGUAUCUCUCACUUCCCAUGAAAGAAUUCACACUGGGGAGAAACCAUAUCAAUGCCUGGAAUGUGGAAAGAGCUUCAGGUGGAAACGACGACUCACUUCCCAUCAAAGAAUUCACACUGGGGAGAAACCAUAUAAAUGCUUCGAAUGUGGAAAAAUCUUCAGGUGCAAGAGCAAUCUCACUUCCCAUCAAAGAAUUCACACUGGGGAGGAGCAAUAUAAAUGCCUGGAAUGUGGAAAGAGCUUCAAUAGAAAUUCCUCUCUCACUUUGCAUCAAACUAUUCACACUGGGGGGGAGAAACCAUAUAAAUGCCUGGAAUGUGGAAAGAGCUUCAGCAGGAAAGACAAACUCACUUCCCAUCAAAGAAUUCAUACUGCAGAGAAACCAUAUAAAUGCUUAGAAUGUGGAAAGAGCUUCAGGCAUAAGAUAAGUCUCACAUUUCAUCAAAGAAUUCACAUUGGGGGGAAGAAACCAUAUAAAUGCUUAGAAUGUGGAAAGAGCUUCAGUGAAAAUUCCUCUUUCACUUCCCAUCAAAGAAUUCACACUGGGGAGAAACCAUAUAAAUGCCUGGAGUGUGGAAAGAGCUUCAAUAAAAAUUCCUCCCUCACUGCCCAUCAAAGAAUUCACACUGGGGAGAAACCAUAUAAAUGCCUGGAGUGUGGAAAGAGCUUCAAUAGAAAUUCCUCUCUCACUUCCCAUCAAAGAAUUCACACUGGGGAGAAACCAUAUAAGUGCUUAGAAUGUGCAAAGAGCUUCAGCCGGAAAGACAAACUCACUUCCCAUCAGAGAAUUCACACUGGGGAGAAACCAUAUAAAUGCUUAGAAUGUGGAAAGAGCUUCAGUGAAAAUUCCUCUCUCACUUCCCAUCAAAGAAUUCACACUGGGGAGAAACCAUAUAAAUGCCUGGAGUGUGGAAAGAGCUUCAAUAAAAAUUCCUCUCUCACUUCCCAUCAAAGAAUUCACACUGGGGAGAAACCAUAUAAAUGCUUAGAAUGUGGAAAGAGCUUCAGUGAAAAUUCCUCUCUCACUUCCCAUCAAAGAAUUCACACUGGGGAGAAACCAUAUAAAUGCUUAGAAUGUGGAAAGAGCUUCAGUGAAAAUUCCUCUCUCACUUCCCAUCAAAGAAUUCACACUGGGGAGAAACCAUAUAAAUGCCUGGAAUGUGGAAAGAGCUUCAGUGAAAAUUCCUCUCUCACUUCCCAUCAAAGAAUUCACACCGGGGAGAAACCAUAUAAGUGCUUAGAAUGUGGAAAGAGCUUCAGUGAAAAUUCCUCUCUCACUUCCCAUCAAAGAAUUCACACCGGGGAGAAACCAUAUAAGUGCUUAGAAUGUGCAAAGAGCUUCAGCCGGAAAGACAAACUCAUUUCCCAUCAGAGAAUUCACACUGGGGAGAAACCAUAUAAAUGCUUAGAAUGUGGAAAGAGCUUCAGUGAAAAUUCCUCUCUCACUUCCCAUCAAAGAAUUCACACUGGGGAGAAACCAUAUAAGUGCUUAGAAUGUGGAAAGAGCUUUAGUGAAAAUUCCUCUCUCACUUCCCAUCAAAGAAUUCACACUGGGGAGAAACCAUAUAAGUGCUUAGAAUGUGCAAAGAGCUUCAGCUGGAAGGAAUCUCUCACAUCCCAUCAAAGAAGUCACACUGGGGAGAAACCAUAUAAAUGCUUAGAAUGUGGAAAGAGCUUCAGUGAAAAUUCCUCUCUCACAUCCCAUCAAAGAAUUCACACUGGGGAGAAACCAUAUAAGUGCUUAGAAUGUGGAAAGAGCUUUAGUGAAAAUUCCUCUCUCACUUCCCAUCAAAGAAUUCACACUGGGAAGAAACCAUAUAAGUGCUUAGAAUGUGCAAAGAGUUUUAGCUGGAAGGAAUCUCUCACUUCCCAUCAAAGAAGUCACACUGGGGAGAAACCAUAUAAAUGCUUAGAAUGUGGAAAGAGCUUCAGUGAAAAUUCCUCUCUCACUUCCCAUCAAAGAAUUCACACUGGGAAGAAACCAUAUAAAUGCUUAGAAUAUGGAAAGAGUUUCAGUGAAAAUUCCUGUCUCACUUCCCAUAAAACAAUUCACAGUGGGGAGAAACCAUAUGAAUGCCUGGAGUGUGGAAAGAGCUUCUGUGAAAGUUCCUCUCUCACUUCCCAUCAAAGAAUUCACACUGGGGAGAAACCAUAUAAAUGCUUGGAAUGUGAAAAAAGCUUUAGGUGGAAGCGAGUCCUCACUUCCCAUCAAAGAAUUCACACUGGGGACAAACAUAAAUGCCUGGAAUGUGGAAAGAGUUUCAGCAGGAAAAACAAUCUCACUGCCCAUGAAAGAAUUCACACUGGGGAAAAGCCAUAUAAAUGCCUAGAGUGUGAAAAGAGCUUUAGCAGGAAAGACAAACUCACUGCCCAUCAAAGAAUUCACACUGGGAAGAAACCAUAUAAGUGCUUAGAAUGUGCAAAGAGCUUCAGCUGGAAGGAAUCUCUCACUGCCCAUCAAAGAAGUCACACUGCGGAGAAACUAUAUCAAUGCCUGGAGUGUGGAAAGAGCUUCAGCUGGAAGGAAUCUCUCACUGCCCAUCAAAGAAUUCACACUGGGGAGAAACCAUAUAAAUGCCUGGAGUGUGGAAAGAGCUUCAGUAAAAAUUCCUCUCUCACUUUGCAUCAAAGAAUUCACACUGGGGAGAAACCAUAUAAAUGCCUGGAAUGUGGAAAGAGCUUCAGCUGGAAGGAAUCUCUCACUGCCCAUCAAAGAAUUCACACUGGGGGGGAGAAACCAUAUAAAUGCCUGGAAUGUGGAAAGAGCUUCAGUGGGAAACACCGACUCACUUCCCAUCAAAGAAUUCACACUGGGGAGAAACCAUAUAAGUGCUUAGAAUGUGCAAAGAGCUUCAGCUGGAAGGAAUCUCUCACUUCCCAUCAAACAAUUCACACUGGGGAGAAACUAUAUAUAUGCAUUGAAUGUGGUAAGAGCUUCAGCGGGAAAGACAAACUCACUUCCCAUCAAAGAAUUCACACUGGGGAGAAACCAUAUAAAUGCCUGGAAUGUGGAAAGAACUUCCGUCAGAAGUCACAUCUGACUUCCCAUCAAAGUAUUCACACAGGGAAGAAACCAUAUAAAUGCUUAGAAUGUGGAAAGAGCUUCAGCUGGAAGGAAUCUCUCACUUCCCAUCAGAUAAUUCAUACUGGGGAGAAACCAUAUAAAUGCCUGGAAUGUGGAAAGAGCUUCAGCAGAAAAAACAAUCUCACUGCCCAUCAAAAAAUUCACACUGGGGAGAAGCCAUAUAAAUGUCUGGAGUGUGGAAAGAAAUUCAGUAAAAAUUCCUCUCUCACUUUGCAUCAAACAAUUCACGCUGGGGGGAGAAACCAUAUAAAUGCCUGGAAUGUGGAAAGAGCUUCAGUGGGAAACACCGACUCACUUCCCAUCAAAGAAUUCACACUGCGGAGAAACCAUAUAAGUGCUUAGAAUGUGCAAAGAGCUUCAGCUGGAAGGAAUCUCUCACUUCCCAUCAAACAAUUCACACUGGGGAGAAACUAUAUAUAUGCAUUGAAUGUGGUAAGAGCUUCAGCGGGAAAGACAAAUUCACUUCCCAUCAGAGAAUUCACACUGGGGAGAAACCAUAUAAAUGCCUGGAAUGUGGAAAGAGCUUCUGUCAGAAGUCACAUCUGACUUCCCAUCAAAGUAUUCACGCUGGGAAGAAACCAUAGAAGUGCUUAGAAUGUGGAAAAAACUUCAGGUGCAAGAGCAAUCUCACUUCCCAUCAAAGAAUUCACACCAGGGAGAAACAAAAAAAAAUGCUUGGAAUGUGGAAAGAGCUUCAGCUGGAAACGCCAACUCAAUGCCCAUCAGAGUGUUCACACUGGAGAGAAACCAUUUCAGUGCCUAGAAUGUAGAAAGGGCUUCAGCUGGAAAUACCAAUUCAUUUUCCAUCAUAGUAUUCACACUGUGGAGAAUCUUGCAGAGUAGCGAAAUUAGCAACUGAGUAAGCUUUGUAUGCUUGAGUCUUUGCCAAAUAUUACACCUCCCCUGGAAUUAGUCAGACUGAGACUUUAAACUUCAAAAUAAGAAAUAACUACUUUAUUCUGAGGUAGAUUCACCCCAAUGGACUCCAUAUAGGGCCGGAGCUCCCCGUCUUUCUCUGUUCUCUGCAAGGUAUCAUUUCUUCUUGGCUCCCACUUUGAGAGAUCAUCCGGCUGCCUGGCUUCUUAAGGGUUAAAAUGAGUGAAACCAGAUUGCUAGAAAAGAUGAAUACAGAAGGAGGGUGGAGGGGCAUCUGUGUCCUUCAAAGGAAAUGUGGCGCCUCUCCCUCUGAUGUCACUUCCUGCAGAGGAGGACUUGCAAGGUAGGGUCCCUGGCUGAAGGUUUCUUCCUGAGCGUGGCAGAGGAGGAGAAGCAGGAAGAGCCGCUGAUGAGAGGGCUUCAUCUAGACGUGAUGCGCUCUAGAUGUUGUUGAAGUAAACCUCCCAUCAUCGCUGACCGUUCUCAUAUUGGCAGGGGCUGAUGUGGGCUGGAGUCCAACAACCUCUGGAGGGCACCACCUUGGCUACCACUGAUAUCCGGUACCCCUCUGGGUUUUGCCUCUGUCAAUCCUCUUUUCAUCCUGCUCCCCAUUAUAUGACUUGAGUUCUUAUUAUGCUGUUUCAGGAAAAUGGUCUCUAUGCAGAGAUAGGAACUGAUUUCCCUGAGGCAGAGAGGACUCCAUCGGACACCAGACAGAGGCUUCUGGGUAUCUCCAUUUGGUCUCUCCCUGUCGAUUUUGACUCCUUUACUCUUGUCUCCAGCCUUUUCUAAGGCUCAGAAAUGCUCCUGUUUAUAUCGUGUUAGAAAUUGGACGUGGGAACCAGCACUUUGAGUUUUGGCCAACAGUACAAAUGGGGAGAGGUGUUUUGUCACACAAUGGAAAUAUAAACUCUGAAUAAAGAUCUGAAACUCAACUGAUAAGUCCCUUGUGCAGUUAGACCUAUAUCAUCUAACCUCUGAGAAUAGCAUAUACUAAUGGGUUUUGGGCCCAUUUUGUUGCUCACAGGCGAUGGAACGAUGUCAGCAAGACCUACUAAACCAUCUCCUGUUUGUGGUGGAGGAGAAGCUGUUGCUGUUGCCCCGGAUCAGGUGGGGGAAGAUUCAGAAGGGGGAAUCUGGGGGCAGCCUGGGUGCCCCUCUUGCCCCUGCUCACCUCCCUCGGCCUGGAUGAAUUUCCCUCCUCUUUGGCUUUUCUCAAAGCUGCCUUCAGCAAAUGCUGUGAAUGCCAUUCAAGAAGGUUUCUGUCCUGAGAAUAAUGACCAGGCAGCUCACCUGAACUAACUUUUCAAUGCAGGUGUUUUCUACGAGGAGGAAAUGUUUUCUUGGCUUUCAGGGUCCAGGGUCCUUGGAGGAUGUGGCUGUGUAUUUCACGGAAGAGGAGUGGGCUCUGCUGGAUCCAUAGCGAAGUCAUGGAGGAGAUUUGUGAAACUCUGUCCUGUCUCGGUAAGGCCCACUGUUGGAUCCCAAUAUCCGUUUUGGAACUCAGUAUUUCUUCAUGUGAUGAGCCCAGAUGUUCUGAUGUAGUGCCACCUACUUCAUCUGGGAUUCUUACCCCCCUGCAGGAAACAUUUAAUGGACAGCUGUCUACUGUACUCUCUCUGAACACGGAUCCUCCAGUUAUCCCCUUCUAGACAAUGGCCCAACUGGUUAAAACUGGCCAGAUUGUUUGAGAUGUAAGUUCCACAGUUGUUGGGAGCUGGAACAAGCCUCUCGGUCAUCUUCCGGUUGGCCAAAGAUGCAACAGAAAUGAGAGAUAGAGUGGAUUUUAUGAUUGGGCUAAACAGCAAUCCGUCUCAAAAAAGAGUCUGGCUUUUAUUGGUCUCAAAUUCCCACAAAUAUGUGAGGCUUUCACCUUCCUGCAAACAUCUCAUCAGGAGUUCAAAGAUGCUCUCCAGAACACACUUUUCAUUUUGCUCUCUCCCCCACCCCUAAACUAUUUCUUUAAAUGCAAUUCUCUGGAAUUUUUUCUCACUAAAACGUGGCCUCAUGUGCUAGCACAGAAGAGCUGAGCUCCAUUUUGAGUUCUGAUUUACCCACAAGGUGCAGCAUUUGGCAUACUGGACUUUGGGAAGACAAGACCAAAACUCAACCUGGAACAGAGCGCUGUGAGUGUAUAGCAGUAUUUUGGAGGAGGGGGGUUACUCGUAUGCGGCCAUUAUAGGACUGGGGUAACCGGUACGGAGCGGCACCUUGUGCAGGUUGUCUACAGUACAUAUGUGUGUGUGUACAUACCCUCCCACACACAAACAGAGCAUUUUCCCACACUUGUUACAAUUUCAGCAUUUCAAGCCCUCUUCUUCCAGCUCUAUCUUCCUUUAUCAAGACUGUUAACUGGGAAUGUUCAAUGAUUUCAGGGUCCGUUUCUUCCCUCACACUCUUUUCAGUUUCUCUCUUCAUUGCCGAAGGUGAUGAGUGGAAAGCCAAGAACAAGGAAGAACAAUGUGGGAAAGCGGCUUGGGAAAGAGAGAUCUGAAAAGAGCAGAGAAUGAAAAAUGAAGCAGAAGAAAAGAGGCAGACUAAAUCUUCCGCUUCGCAGGGCAGUGACUACCAUAAAACUUUAGUCUGAGGGGAAAAACAGAUAAAGGAGACAAAAGAAGUCAAUAUUUUGGUUAUUGGAAAAGUCUCAAUUUUAAAAGAAAAUGCAAAGCCCACUGCAAAAACCACAAAGGAGAGAAAGUAUAUCAGUGCUUGGAAUGUGCAAAGAGCUUCAGUCACAAGACAUCUGUCACUAAUCAUCAAAUAAUUCACACUGGGGAGAAAUCAUUUAAGAGCAAGGUGUGUGGAAAGAGCUUCAGUAGAAAUUCCUCUCUCGCUUUGCAUCAGACAAUUUACACUUGGGGGGGAGAAACCAUAUAAAUGCCUGGAAUGUGGAAAGCUUCAGCGGGAAAGACAAACUCACUGUCCAUCAAAGAAUUCACACUGGGGAGAAACCAUAAUGCUUAGAAUGCGGGAAAAGCUUCAGGUGGAAGCUGGUCGUGAUUGCUCAUCAAGGAAUUCAUAUUGGGGAGAAACCCUAUAAAUGCUUGGAAUGUGGAAAAAACUUAUCAAGAAAAAUGUCACUUCCCGUCAAAGAAUUCACAUUGGGAAGAAACCAUAUAAGUGCUUAGAAUGUGGAAAGAGCUUCAGAUACAAGGAAAGUCUCGCUGUCCAUCAAAGAAUUCAUAUGUAGAAGAAAGUAAAAAUGCCUGGAAUGUGGAAAGCAUGUGGAUGGGAACGUAGGGGACCCAAUCUAUAUACGGAGUAGUGGGCCCAGGAAAUCCUCCCCCCUGAGCUGCUUUUCCCAUCGUUCUUCACAGACAUGCCGUGGACCGCCAGUAUGAAGCUCGUGGGCCACUUCUAGUCCACAGACACCAGUUUCGGACCCCCUGUUCUAAAAGAUAAAAGAAAGAGUUCCAUCAAUAAGAUAUUUGAUUCUGUUGAGUGUAGCACCAUGUCCCCUGCUGCAAAACGUGUGCUAUGUAAAUACUGGCAUUGACUUAAAGAUAUCUCUGCACGUCAGGAUCCUCUAGUAAAAGGCUUUUGCACAGCAGCCACUAUUAAAGAUAAGGUAAUCCAUUCUGAUUUAAGUAGUUACAGGAGUAGAUCUACCACUAGGGGAAACUUUACAUGUGGGAAAUGUUCAUGCUGCUGCUCCACAAGCAUUACAAGUAAAACAGGACAUUCAUCCUAAAGGUGAAUUGAAGUUCGUUUUGAACAGUUUCACCAGCUGUCAAUCUAUUACUCAUACUAACACCAUGGAAGCCCCAUUAACUACGCAUUUUGUAGAUUGCAAACCUACUCCAAAAAAGCUAAAAUGUUUAGCCAUAGAACAGAUGCAUAUGUCUUGUUACAAAGGGCAAGAUCUGAAUCUAUCAUUGUUUUGAUUUUCAGUUGAAACUCUGUAAAUCCAAACAGACUCAAUGACACAUUUGAGUUAUCCUCCUAUGUUUAACAUCUGCCUGUAAUUUUAUCAUCAUGAAUCAUCUGUUAAGAAAUUAUCUGAUUCAUUAUAUAUUUUGGUAUUUCGGGAACUUGAGUUUAUUCUGUGGUUGUUCCGUGACGGGAGAUAUUUGUGUAAAAGUUUUAAAUGUGGUAAGUGCAGUAAUUGUCUAUUAUUUGUAUGUUUGUAGCAUAAUAAUGCUAGAUGGUAGACAGAGUAUUGUACAACUAAGAAAUUACCAUCUAAAAGCAUCUCCUUAUAUAAAAGUAUUUUUAUCAACUACAGAAGCAGAACAAG